CUAUCUUUAUUUGGCCCUUGAUGGUCCGAUGCAUCUCCGCUUUCUCCACUUUUUUACCAGCCUGUCUAUGUCGGACCCUACUCGGAGCAGGUGUCGCACACUUCUCUGUGUUGCGCUCAAGACAUCGAAUGUAUUUGUGGUGCAGCCACAUCUUCCUGACCCACUAAUUUGUACAUAUUGCUCCAAGUCAGUCCAUUUGUACAAAUUGGGGCUGUCGUUCUGCUGCGGAGGCUGUUGCCGGUAAGUUACCGACAUUGUCCCCAUCAACUCGUUCGAUGUCCAUAGACGUGGAUGAAGUAUUGUUUAAUCCUGACAACGUCAGGACUGUAUGCAGGAAUCGUGCGCUCCUGCGUUCCUCCAACCUUCGCAGGGGGUCGUUACGACGAUCCAAGAUGUUAUCUCUUUCCCACCUCAACUUUUCCUGGACGUUGGAAGUGUCCACAUGUCACUCACGACACGAACCACCCAAGAGAUCUCGACAGUCUCACCGUAUCGGAGAAUGAGAGCGGCUAUUGGAUAGCCGAGAUAUCAUUUGGUUUGGCCUUCAGGAUUUUUAGGCAAGUUUUGCUCCUUUAUCGCGCAAUGACUCGGGGAAGUAUUAGAGCCGUCAGGCGCACAAUAAAUGGUGCUGGCGUCUCUUUUCAUAGCCAUGCUAACCAUCGCAGAACAUUACUGAGCUCUUCCUUUUUCCGCCUCACCACUCCCUUUGAACCACCGCACGCUAUCUCAUAUGGCAAUCGGAAGGCGGGACAUUCACCCUCGCAACUCACUUCACUUCUCUUGAGUGAUCCACGAAUGGGGCUGGAGAGCGCUAUUUUUUUCACCCGGAUGCUGAGCAUUGCUGUAUAGUAGCAUCCUUGAUUUGGUAGUGCAAUCCAAUAUAUCUAUUUGUUAUU